CUAAAAUAUUCCACAAGCAAUAGCCAUGGAUCUGGCAACGGGUGCCAUGGGCACCCUUCUCCCGAAGCUUGCCGAGCUCCUCAACGAGGAGUACAAGCUGCAGAAGGGGGUCAAGGAAGGCGUCAAGUCCCUUGAGAAGGAGAUGCAGAGCAUGCACGCUGCCCUCCGCAAGGUGGCCAGGGUGCCGCGGGACCAGCUCGACGAGCAGGUCAAACUCUGGGCAGGGGAGGUGAGGGAGCUCUCCUUCGACAUGGAGGACGUCGUCGACAAGUUCCUGGUGCGUGUCGAUGAUGGCACCGAGCCCGCCACCAAGUCAAACAAGCUCAAGAGGCUCACGGAGAAGAUGGCCGGCUUGUUCACUAAGGGGAAGGCUCGCCAUGAGAUCGCCGACGCCAUCAAGGAGAUCAAUAAGCAAGUCCAAGAGGUUGCUAGCAGGCGUGAUAGGUACAACAUCAACAAUAUUGUCGAUAAGCCUGCACCUGUGAUGACCAUCGAUCCUCGCCUUCAGGCUCUGUACACAGAAGUGACUGAGCUUGUGGGUAUUGCUGGAAGAAGAGAUCAAGAGGUAAUGAAGUUGCUCAUGGACGACGGAGAUGGCAUGUCAACGAAAAAGCUGAAGACUGUCUCUGUUGUCGGAUUCGGAGGACUGGGCAAGACCACUCUUGUCAAAACGGUGUUUGACAAGAUCAAGGGAGAUUAUGCUUCAAGUGCUUUCGUAACCGUCGGUCGAAAUGCCGACGCCAAGAAGGUUUUCAUGGACAUCCUUCUUGAUCUUGACAAGUACGGAAGUCAGCCCACCGGAUUGGAUGAAAGGCAGCUCAUUGACAAACUCCGGAAGCGUCUCGAGAACAAAAGGUACCUCAUUGUGAUUGAUGAUAUAUGGGAUAAAGAAUUGUGGACCAUUAUCAACUUGGCAUUCUGUAGCAGUAACAACUUUGGCGAUCGGCUAAUCACAACAACUCGUAUAGUGAGUGUAGCUAAAUUAUGCAGCUCAUCUACCCAUGAUUCAGUUUAUCAAAUGACACCUCUUAGUGAUGAUGAUUCCAAAAGGCUCUUCUAUAAAAGGAUAUUUUCCCACGAGAGUGAAUGUCCCCAUGAAUUUGAAAAAGUGUCCAUAGAUAUAUUGAAGAAAUGUGGAGGAGUGCCAUUAGCAAUAAUUACUCUAGCAAGUCUUUUGGCUAGUGAUGGGAAGGUAAAACCAGAGGACGAAUGGCAUGUUUUGCUUGAGUCCAUCGGUCGUGGACUUAAAGAAGACCCCAAUGUAGAACAAAUGUUGAAGAUACUAUCCUUUAGCUAUUAUGAUCUGCCUUCUCAUCUGAAAACAUGUUUAUUAUAUCUAAGCAUGUUUCCAGAGGACUGCAAAAUCAGAAAAGAUCAGUUGAUAUGGAUGUGGAUUGCCGAGAGUUUUAUCCAACCUGGAAAAGAAAAAAUUAGUCUCUUUGAGAUGGGAGAAACUUAUUUCAACGAGCUCGUGAACAGAAAUAUGAUCCAGCCGGUAUACUUUGAGUUCGCGGUAGGCCAGGUAGAUGCUUGCCGUGUGCAUGAUAUGGUUCUCGAUUUAAUUUCUUCCUUGUCAAGGGAGGAAAACUUUGUUACUAUAUUGAAUGGUACUGCUGACAGCAUGUAUUCUGAGCGGAAAUAUCGCAGGAUGUCCCUCCAAUAUGCUAGUAAAGAAGAGCUUCAAACCACACCUCCCAAAUCUGUGAGUGUAUUACAAGUGAGGUCCGUUGCUGCAUUUGAACCUGCUAUUGAUCUAAUGCCACCAUUCUCGAGCUUUGGUGUUUUACGUGUCUUGGACUUGACUGGAUGUAAUCUUGGAGAUCACGGUAAUCUUCACCUUCGGGAGCUGGGAAGUUUACUUCACCUGAGGUACCUAGGUCUAGCUAAAACAGGAAUUUCUGAACUCCCGGAAGAAAUUGGAAAGUUGCAGUUUUUGCAGGUGCUAGAUCUGAGAGUAUAUAAUAUAGAAGGGCUUCCAUGCAGUCUUAUUAAGCUUGGAAAAUUGAUGUGCCUACUACUUCUUCCACAUAAUUGCAAGAAGUUUCCAGAUGGGUUGGGAAACCUGUCAUCGCUGGAAGUGCUGAGUAAGAUCCAUGGUGACUCUGUAAGCACCGUGAAUGAGCUCGGCCGCAUGGUAAAUUUGAGGAACCUUGAUAUUGAGUUUGAUAAUGUUACUUUGGACUUGGAGGAAGCUUUUGUGGAGUCACUAGGUAAACUGUCCAACAUCCAGAGUAUACAAAUUGGCACUGUUCAUUAUAAUCCUAUAUCAAUGCAUAUGUUGGGCGAACGUUGGGUGCCCGCUCGAAGUCUCCGUGAAUUUUCCACAGGAGGAUACAUCAAAUUCUCAACACUGCCAGCAUGGAUAAAAAAUAAUCCCUCACGUAUGUCGCACCUUUCCAAGUUAAACAUCCGUGUCGGGGAUUUGAAGCAGGAGGAGCUGGAAUCACUUGGAAGUUUACCGUCUCUUGAUGAGCUCAUCUUAUGUACCCACCACCCAAGGCUGCUAGUCAUCCGUGCUAAUGGGUUCCGCCAGCUAUUACACUUCAAAGUUUUUUCCGAGACGCCCAGCCACAUUGUGUUCCAACCAGAAGCUAUGCCGAAGGUUCAGAUGGUUGAUAUCUAUAUCAGUUUGCGGGUCGCCAAAGAUGAAGCAGCUGCUAACGGUGGUGAUUGGUUUGAUGUGCGCAUGGGGAAUCUGUCAUCCCUCAGGGAUGUGAAAGUCAAAGUCACAAGUUCUGGAGUGACGGUCGGGGAGGGCAAGCAAGCGGAGGCUGCGCUGGAGAACUCACUCCGUGCCCAUCCUAACCGGCCCAUCAUUUUUGUCUCCAUGCGUCCGCCCAUACCACAAGGUUAUUCUUCGUGCGGCGCAUUGGUUACAACAAUGGGCAUACUUGCUCCCGGCGGACCAGCGGAAUACCAUGGUUACUGGAUGCAGCCGGCUCCUGGAGGUCACUCAGGACUGCUAUUUCCGAGCUACUCGGAUGGCGACACAUUAGCAGAAUUCUAG